GAGACGAUCAGAGGCAUCUCGGAGCGGGACGUCUCAGCCCUCUGUCCCUUUCUGGAGUUUAUUCCAUUAUCCCUGCUCUUCUGGGAUGCGUAAAUAACUGCACCUAAUCUGGGUCCUGCAGGUUAUUCUGAACUCUCCCGUUUUCUUUUCCAGCGGCAGGAGCAGAGUCACUGAUGGAGGCCCAGGUGCUGAAGGUGACCGUGCUGUGCCUCCUGCAGGCAGCGGUCGUGCUCGGUCAGGGUACGACCAGGGGACCGAGGCCCAUCGGACCCUGCGCCAAAAAGAUGGAGUGUCCGAUCGACCUGUACUUCGUCAUCGACACGUCGGAGACCAUUGCCCUGCAGGAGCCCCCACCCGGCAGCCUGGUGGAGAGCAUCAAGGACUUCACCAAGCAGUUUGCGCUCAAGCUGAAUGACCUGGACUACAGGGGCCUGGUGCAGAUCACCUGGUCUCUGGGCGGCCUGCACUUCUCCCAGCGCCAGGUGGUGUUCAGCAGAAUCGCCCCGCGGGACAACUUCAUCAGAGGCCUGGACACCAUCCGCUACCUGGGCAAGGGCACCUACAUCGACUGUGCACUCUCCAACAUGACACAGGAGAUCCGGCAGAGUGCCACGCCCAACAGCAUGCGCUUCGCCGUGGUGAUCACCGACGGGCACGUGACCGGCAACCCCUGCGGCGGGAUCAAGGUGUCGGCAGAGCGGGCGAGGGACGAGGGGGUACGGCUGUUCGUGGUGGCCGCGACCAAGAACGUGGAUGAGACGGGACUGAGGGAGAUCGCCAACAGCCCAACUGAGCUGUACCGCAACGCCUUCCUGGCCGUGGACAUCAGCGGCACGUCACCCAUGAUCAUGACCUCCACUAUCGACAGAAUCAUCAAAACCAUGACCCAUCUGGCCUAUCAGGAGUGCUACAAACUGAAAUGUCUGGAGACGCCUGGUCCUCCAGGGCCAAAGGGCCACAGAGGCCACAAGGGUGCAAAGGGAGAUAAUGGGGAUCCUGGCCCAAAAGGUGAAAAAGGUCGACAGGGAGACCCUGGUAUUGAGGGUCCCAUCGGCCACCCUGGUCCAAAGGGUGAACCUGGGCUCAAAGGUGAGAAGGGUGAAAUUGGAUCUGAAGGCAAGAAGGGUGUGGCUGGGCUUCCUGGACGAAAUGGGACAGACGGCCAAAAGGGGAAAAUUGGUCGCAUUGGAGCUCCAGGCUGCAAAGGAGACCCAGGAGACAAGGGACCUGAUGGCUAUCCUGGGGACGUUGGCGAAAGCGGACCACCUGGAAAGGAUGGAGAGAAGGGAGAUCCUGGUCGCCCUGGGAGAUCGGGGCCACCUGGCCCACCUGGAGAGCCAGGACCAAAGGGAGAGAGAGGAAGUCCCGGAUCACCUGGGGUACCUGGGCAGAAAGGACCUGCAGGGCCAGAUGGAGGAGCUGGACCCAAAGGCGAACCGGGGAGAAGAGGUGACUUUGGACCAAAAGGGAAACAGGGACCAAAUGGACCAAAAGGAGAAAAGGGUGAGCCAGGGCCUGAGGGGCAGAGAGGACUUCCUGGUGAAGUGGGAAGCAAAGGGUCAAAGGGGGACAAUGGGCUGCCAGGACCGAGGGGCCCCCCAGGGGGACCGGGAGAACCGGGGAGAAACGGGUCUCGAGGAGAUCCAGGUGAUGCAGGACCAAGGGGAGACCCCGGGCCACCUGGACCCAAGGGCGACAGAGGAAGAGCUGGCUUCAGCUAUCCUGGACCGAGAGGCCCCACGGGAGACCGCGGGGACAAAGGGAGUCCCGGGCCCCGGGGCAGCAGGGGUGACUGCGGGCAGAAGGGAGAGCCUGGGUCCAAAGGAACGCCUGGAGAACCGGGUGAGCCGGGGCCUGCAGGUGAGCCGGGACCGCGAGGACCCAGAGGAGACCCUGCAGGAGACGGUGAUCCCGGACCAGAGGGAGACCCUGGCCUUACGGAAUGUGAUGUCAUGAACUACAUCAGAGAAACAUGUGGUUGCUGUGACUGUGAGAAGCUCUGUGGUGCUCUGGACAUCGUCUUUGUGAUUGACAGCUCAGAGAGUGUGGGCCUCACUAACUUCACUCUGGAGAAGAACUUCAUCAUCAGCACCAUCAACCGCCUGGGCUCCAUCGCCAAGGACCCCAGCUCUGAGACAGGGACUCGCGUGGGCGUGGUUCAGUACAGCCACAGCGGCACCUUCCAGGCCAUCAGACUCAAUGACUCAAAGAUCGACUCCCUGACCGCCUUCAAAGAUGCUGUCAAGAGGCUAGAGUGGAUCGCAGGGGGUACCUGGACGCCCUCCGCCCUCAAAUUCGCCUACGACAACCUGAUCCGGGACAGUCGGCGCGCCAAGUCCAAGGUGACGGUGGUGGUGAUCACAGACGGCCGCUUCGACCCGCGGGACGACGACUCCCUGCUCACCUACCUCUGCAACGACAACUCCAUCGAAGUGAACGCCAUCGGCAUCGGCGACAUGUUCGACCAGCUGGAGGAGAACGAGAGCCUGAGGUCCAUCGCCUGCCAGAAAGACGACCGUGUAACAGGCAUGCGUCGAUUCGCCGACCUGGUGGCCGAGGAGUUCAUCGACAGGAUCGAGCACGUACUCUGCCCAGAUCCUGUUAUGGUGUGUCCUGACCUCCCAUGCAAAACAGAUGUGGCGGCCCCUUGGAAUGGGUACCCCCUGUCUGAAGCCCUGGCGGAGGAGGGGAUCACCCCCGUCCCCAGCUCUGUGUCGAGCGUCUCAAACUUUCUCAGCUCCCUGAAGGAUGAGCAGCUCCCCGAUAACUACGAAAAGGCAGUGGCUACCCUGGCCUACACAGCCCAGCGAGCCAAGUUGGCUGACAAAGACGAGAAGCUGCAGUGGACAGAGCUGUUCAUUGACGCUUUCAAAGUGGUGUAUGGCAACAUCAUGGGGGACCCUGACAAGGCCCUGGGCCUGUGUUAGCCUGACCACAGCCAGCGUCCACAGCGGAGAGUGCAGCUCCUGCUCACUCACAGACUUAUGCUCUGCGAAAAACAGAGGAAUAAUCCUGCCUCACUGAAGCUCACACCUGCAUAAUCCUGUCCCUGUAACCCAACAGCCUUAAACCCUCACUGAAGCUCACAUCUGCAUAAUCCUGUCCCUGUAACCCAACAGCCUUAAACCCUCACUGAAGCUCACACCUGCAUAAUCCUGUCCCUGUAACCCAACAGCCUUAAACCCUCACUGAAGCUCACACCUGCAUAACCCUGUCCCUGUAACCCAACAGCCUUAAACCCUCACUGAAGCUCACACCUGCAUAAUCCUGUCCCUGUAACCCAACAGCCUUAAACCCUCACUGAAGCUCACACCUGCAUAAUCCUGUCCCUGUAACCCAACAGCCUUAAACCCUCACUGAAGCUCACACCUGCAUAACCCUGUCCCUGUAACCCAACAGCCUUAAACCCUCACUGAAGCUCACACCUGCAUAACCCUGUCCCUGUAACCCAACAGCCUUAAACCCUCACUGAAGCUCACACCUGCAUAAUCCUGUCCCUGUAACCCAACAGCCUUAAACCCUCACUGAAGCUCACACCUGCAUAAUCCUGUCCCUGUAACCCAACAGCCUUAAUCCCUCACUGAAACUCACACCUGCAUAAUCCUGUCCCUGUAACCCAACAGCCUUAAUCCCUCACUGAAGCUCACACCUGCAUAAUCCUGUCCCUGUAACCCAACAGCCUUAAACCCUCACUGAAGCUCAUACCUGCAUAAUCCUGUCCCUGUAACCCAACAGCCUUAAACCACAUACUGCUGCAAUCUCACAAACACUGAGCCACCUGGGUCUCACGCCCAGGUGCGCUGCAGCUUCCAGUACAGAUGAUGGUGAAUAUUAAAAUCACAUGCCAGAAACAUAUUUCAGAGCUUGCAUAUUGUAUAUUUUGCAGUAUAUUUCACUAUUUGAUGUCAGACAGACAGCCCUGCUUCCGCAGUGCUGCUCCUGUGACAGUUAGCUGUUCAGCUGCGAUUCACACUGAGCUGAGUCAGAAUCUGCCUGUGUGCUGGGAGCGCAGCCAUGGUUCAGCCACACAGGAGAGUUCUGCAGUUUGCACAGGGACGGACGUCAUUCGCAAAGAAAAUGCAAUUUCUCCUCUCUCACAUUUGUGCAGUUUUAAAACAAGCUAGUUGUGUUAUUACAUGUUCCAAUAGUCCUACAACUCAAUAAGAUCAAAGUACUCCAUAAAUCUUACUGUGAUUAAGUUUAAUCAGCUUAAUCACAUUAAAAUAAUCAAAGUGAGGUGUUUAUAUGACUU